AUGAUGCUGUACAAGAAGGUCAUGCACCAUGCCUGGCUGCCAUAUCAUCGACUGCGGCGCGGCUCCGUCUUAAUUGUUGCUGCUGUGCUGUUGCUUUUUUUUCUGUCGUUUUCAUUGCUUUCAUGGAAAACACUGGACCCACCUCAUGUCGCAACGAAAUCGACUGACAUCGUCCUACCUCGCCCUGUGGACAACCCGACGACUGUGGCGAAGGAUGAAGGCGUCGACAUUGAUGUUGACUUGAAAUUUGAAGAUAACAAAGAGAUGAAAGAGAAAGAGGUGUUGACUUCACCUGAGACUAGAACGCAGGCUCCAUUUGUGCUGCGGCUGCUGCUGCCAUUGAUCGCCGGUUUCUGUUUUGGCUUCUUGGGCUCUGUACCUGUUGCUGGUCCAACGUCCGCCAUGGUGCUUAAGCUUGGCAUACAGGGAAAGUACAGAGCUGGUCUAACUAUUGCAGUUGGCGGAGCAAUCUCUGAGGCGACUUACGCAGGCAUUGCAUUUUGGGGAUUUGGUAGCUUUCUAGCCGGUGCUAAAUUUUUGCUUCCGACAUCCAAAGUGCUGGGGGCAAUCAUGUUUACGCUGAUUGGAUUAAUUUUUCUGAAGGCAGAUAUGAAGCCAUCUUUGGACCCUGACGUCGAAGCCUCCCAUGGUAAGGGUGUGCGACGACCACAAGGCGAAGUGUUGAGAAAUAUUCUGGUGGGUUUAACGAUGUCGGGAAUCAAUCCAGCUCUGCUUGCAUCAUACACUGGAGCCAUUGCCUCUGUGUAUGGCACUGGCAUGCUGGAGUUUACUCUAUUCCUCGCCUUUGUUUUCGCAAUCGGAGUUUGCAGUGGCGUUUCAACCUGGUUUUACUUGCUGCUGUUUUUGUUGAAGAAAUACAAACAGCGUCUGCAAUCUCACACUAUCGAUUUGAUUAUGCGUGGUCUCGGAUGUUUUUUGCUUACUCUUGGCCUGCUGUGUGCAAAGUCAUCGCUUGAUUACUUCUUGUUGGCACCACCAAACGCCUAA